AUGGGGAGGCAGCCAUGCUGUGACAAGCUAGAGGUGAAGAAAGGACCGUGGACGGCGGAGGAAGACAAGAAGCUCAUAAACUUCAUACUCACCAACGGCCAUUGUUGCUGGCGUGCGUUGCCGAAGCUGGCCGGCCUCCGCCGCUGUGGAAAGAGCUGCCGCCUCCGGUGGACUAACUAUCUCCGGCCUGACUUGAAGAGAGGCCUUCUCUCUCACGAUGAAGAGCUACUUGUCAUCGAUCUUCAUGCUCAUCUCGGCAACAAGUGGUCUAAGAUAGCUUCAAGAUUACCCGGGAGGACAGAUAACGAAAUAAAAAACCAUUGGAAUACUCAUAUCAAGAAAAAACUUAUUAAGAUGGGAAUCGACCCCAAGACUCAUCAGCCUCUAAACCAAGAACCUUCUAAAACCGAUGAUCCAAAAAACAUUUCGUCGAGUCCAGAUGAUAUUUCAAUGGAGCCAAAGAUUACCAGCACCAAAAACGUAGAGACAAGUGGCACAACUACAGAAGACGAAAGCAGCAGCACGGUUACUGAACAAAACAGUUCGAUGGAUAAUGAAAAUAAUCUACUUAGUAACACUUAUAAUGAUGAAGAUCUGUUUAGUUAUUUAUGGUCCGAAGAAACUACUACUACUAUAGGUGAGGCCUCGUGGAGUGAUAGUAACUAUGACAUUGGUGGAAUAUUAUGUAACAAUAAUAUUUCCGUCCCCGACGCAACAGAUUUUCCGAUAUGGUCACCGGAAGGAAUCAACGACAAUGACUGGACGUUUUUGGAUUAUUGCCAAGACUUUGGUGUUCAUGAUUUUGGGUUUUGA